ACAGACGUGUGUCGAUACUAUCAAAAACAGAAUACAAAAAAAAAAAAAACAAUUUAAAAAUAAAAAUUCAAAAUGAGAACGCGGCCAAGUUUGACAUUUUCGAAGUUGGACAAAAACGGGGAUGGCGCGGGAGAAUUACUUGAUCGUUUGUUCGGAAAAAAGGAUUGCAUGGUGGAAAUAAACCCCGGCAGGGUGAUUCUUCCUGCGGACUACAUGGAUAUUGGUCAAGAUAUUUUGGAUAUGGAGGUGCUUGCAGAUGAUGUGUGGAUGUGCUCUUAUCCUAGAACAGGUUCGACAUGGGCACAGGAAAUGGUGUGGCUUAUCGGUCACGACCUGGAUUACGAAGGCGCCAAAUCUUUGCAACAGAUCAGAUGCCCACUAGUGGAGCUAUCCUGCAUCAUGGUGGACGGCCACGCGGAAUGGCACAAGGAAUCUGUGAAGGGCACCUCGGUAGACCUGGUGAAGUACCGGCUGGCCCAUCCUCGCUACAUCCGCAGCCAUUUGCCAUGGGACCUACUGCCCGUGGAUAUACAGAAAGAAGACGGGUCUGCUAAGCCUAAGGUUAUCUACACAUCUCGGAACCCCAAAGACAUGGUGGUGUCGUACUACCACUACUGCACGCUGGUGCACGGCCUCAAGGGGACCUUCGAAGAGUUCUGCGACCUCUUCAUGAGGGACCGAGCCCCGUUCGGACCCGUCUGGAACCAUAUCCUCGGAUUCUGGAACAGACGCCACGACCCCAACCUUCUCUUCAUCAAGUUUGAAGAAAUGAAGCGAGAUCUUCCGUCUGUCAUCCGCAAGACCGCCAAGUUUCUUGGGAAAACCCUGACAGACGUACAAGUAGAAAAACUGUGCGAACAUCUCUCCUUCCAGAACAUGAAGACUAACCGCGCUGUUAAUUUGGAAGCUAUCUUGGAAAAAUCUUUCGGAAAAUCUUAUCUUGAACAAACCGAUCUCCGCUUCAUAAGGAAGGGACAGAUUGGAGAUUGGAAGAACUACAUGUCCGAAGAUCUUUCCAGAAGAUUCGAUGAAUGGGCCGAGAGCCACUUGAAAGGAACCGAGUUAAGUUUCGAAUAAAGUUUUUGGUGUUGAAGUUUUGGUUUAAGUUAUUUUUAUACUUACUAAUUUUAUUUUCAGUAGUUUUAUAUCUAUGAAUUAAGUUUAAUGAAA